AUUGAAAGGGAAUACCAGAUACUGCUGGGUUCGGUUAGAGCGUUGGAGGUUGCUGUUCUGAUACUUAGUUACGACCCCGCUAGCCUACUUUGGUAUAUUUACAAUACUUUGCCUGGCGCCGCGGCAGUCAUUGCCGCAAGAUUUCAGGAACAUAGUCGCGACCCUCGCCGGCUUUCUCCUAAGGUGUCCAUCACAAAAUAUGCUGCGCUCCGCUCGGUGGCAGCUUCAGAGGCCUGGAAGCGUUCCUCGCCUCUCAUCCCGAUGCUGGUCUCGUCGCGGAUAUGCUGCAGUGGCCGGAAUCUCCGAUUUACCCAAAGUCGGAGAGCAGCUCCAUGGAUUCACCGUCAAGCGUGUCAAGCAGGUUCCAGAGCUUGAGCUGACAGCCCUACAUCUUGUACAUGACAAGACCGGCGCGGAGUACCUUCACAUUGCCCGCGAUGAUUCCAACAACGUGUUCUCCAUUGGAUUCAAGACCAAUCCCCCAGACGACACCGGCGUCCCACAUAUCCUGGAACAUACCACAUUAUGCGGCAGCGAGAGAUACCCGGUUCGCGAUCCUUUCUUCAAAAUGCUUCCUCGGACGCUCUCCAACUUCAUGAACGCCUUCACCUCGUCCGAUCAUACCACCUACCCGUUCGCGACAACGAAUGCCCAGGACUUCAAGAACCUCAUGUCGGUUUACAUGGACGCUACGCUCCACCCGUUGCUCAAGGAGAGUGAUUUCGCGCAAGAGGGUUGGCGGGUUGGUCCUACGAAUCCUUUGGCUGUUCAGGCCGAGGGUGACGAGGAAGCGAAGCGACUGGUGUUCAAGGGUGUCGUGUACAAUGAGAUGAAAGGUCAAAUGUCAGAUGCAAGCUAUCUGUUCUACAUCAGGUUUCAGGACCAUCUCUUCCCGGCUAUCAAUAACUCAGGAGGCGACCCGCAGAAGAUUACCGAUCUGACCUGGGAACAAUUGAGAAAAUUCCAUGCGGACCACUACCAUCCCAGCAAUGCCAAACUUCUUACAUAUGGGAAUUUCCCGCUGGACGAGCACCUGAAGGAAGUGGAUGUCAGAUUGAACCGGUUCGACAAGAUUGUGGUCGACCAUGAUAUCAAGACGCCAAUAAAGUUGGAUGGUCCAAGGCAUGUUACGGUGCAAGGUCCGGUGGACCCUUUGAUUCCUGCGGAUAGUCAACAUAAAACGUCUGUAACCUGGCUAAUGGGCGAUACCUCUAACGUUGUGGAGAACUUCUCUAUCGGAGUUCUAAGUACGCUGUUGAUGGACGGCUACGGAUCCCCACUAUACCGCAACCUUAUUGAAACUGGCCUAGGGGCUGAUUUUAGUCCCAAUACCGGAUAUGACAGUGCUGGCAAGAUCGGAGUUUUUUCGGCCGGCGUAAACGCUGUGAAGGCGGAAGACGUGCCUAAAGUCAAGGAGGCCAUUUUCAAGACGUUCCUUGAGGUGCGGGAAAAGGGUUUUGAUAAGAUCAAAGUCGACGGUAUACUUCACCAGCUGGAGCUCUCGCUGAAGCACAAGACGGCACAGUUCGGCAUGACCAUGAUGCAAAGAUUGAAGCCGGGUUGGUUCAAUGGUGUUGACCCUAUGGAAGCACUUGCAUGGCAAGACACUGUGGAUGCUUUUCAAAGACUAUAUUCCCAAGGAGGCUACCUAGAAGGGCUUCUCGAGAAGUAUCUCCUCAACGACAACACUCUAACAUUCACAAUGGAACCAUCGGAAACUUACAGCGAGGAGUUAAUACAAGAGGAAAAUCACCGCUUAGCUGAGAAAAUCAAGGAAACUCAAAAGCGCUUUUCCAGUGGGCAGGAAGCGCAGAAGUAUCUGGAGAAGCGCGAACUUGAGCUUCUGGAAAUCCAGGAACAAGCGAGAAACCAGGACACGAGCUGUCUGCCAACCGUACAUGUCAAGGAUAUUCCUCGUAUCAAGGAGAGGAAGCCACUGCGUCAUGGAACUAUUGGAGACGUCAAAGUCCAAUGGCGUGAAGCGCCAACAAAUGGGCUGACCUACUUCCGUGCAGUUCACAGCCUGCAAGAUCUUCCGAACGACCUCAGAAAACUGAUCCCGCUGUUCACUAGCGCCGUCAUGCGGCUGGGGACGAAAGACAAGACAAUGGAGCAGCUAGAGGAGCUCAUCAAGCUGAAAACCGGUGGUAUUUCCGUAGGCUAUCAUGCAUCUCCGUCACCCUUGUCGCUUAGUACGUUCGAAGAGGGUCUUGCAUUCAGUGGAUAUGCGCUUGACCGGAACGUGCCCGACAUGUACGACCUCCUGCAGAUGAUUGUCAUGGAAACGGACUUCGACAGUCCCGAGGCCGACAAGAAGAUUCGAGAGCUCCUCGUGGCUUCAGCGAGUGGCGCUGUCAACUCCAUUGCUGAGUCGGGUCACGUCUUUGCUCGGACCUUUGCGGAAGCUGGUCUCACACCAGUCGGCCGGCUCAAUGAGCAAACCGGGGGGCUGUCUCAGGUGAAGUUCACAACUGAGUUGGCACAAAGGCCGCUGAGCGAACCCCUUGACGACAUUAUCGGGAAGCUCAAGAGCAUUCAGGCCUUCGCCAUCGCGAAUAGCCACAAAUUCCGCGUUGCACUGACCUGUGGGAAGGAGAGCUCUACCGCGAAUCAGGAAGCACUCGGCCGUUUCCUCGCACGCCUGCCAUCUUCCGCGACGAAUCCACAGGCAUCCAAGCCGUCCGAUUUUCCCCGCAACGCGAAAUCGUUCUUUCCACUGCCAUAUCAAGUGUACUAUUCCGCAAGAGCAGUACCCACAGUACCUUACGUCGACGCCGCAGGGCCAGCACUGGAAAUUCUCGCUCAGCUACUGACUCACAAGCAUUUGCACCAUGAAAUCCGAGAAAAGGGUGGUGCUUAUGGAGGUGGAGCAUACUCCCGUGCUCUCGGCGGCAUGUUUGGCAUGUACAGUUACAGAGACCCGAAUCCGCAGAACACGAUGAAAAUCAUGGAGGAAGCUGGACAGUGGGCGCGUGACCGUUCAUGGACACAUCAGAACCUGGAAGAGGCCAAGCUCAGCGUAUUUCAAGGGUAUGACGCCCCUCAGAGCGUUAGCCAGGAGGGCAUGAGGCUAUUCCUCUCUGGUAUCACCGACGAUAUGCUACAGACAAGACGCGAGCGCUUGCUAGACGUCACUGCGGAACAAGUCCAGGAAGUUGCGGAUCAGUUCUUAGUGCGGCGUGCUUCUGAAAGCACUGUCGCUAUUCUCGGCGAGAAGGGGGAUUGGGUAGAUGCUAAAGAGGGAUGGGAAGUGCAAGAUCUCGGGAUGGUGUCCAGCAUGGGUGGUCUUUCUGCAUAGUAAGUAUACCUAGAGGCCCUUUUUCGUCCAUCGUGUUGCAUUAUAUUCUGUAUAAUAUUGUAAAAUACUCCACUUUCGCAUUUCCGGCAUGGGCAGGACGCAUUGGUGGGUCAUAGAGUCGAGCGCGGAAGGGAAACCAUCUUGUAUUUCCUUUUUCACUCCUUCACAUUCACCACUUCGUUUCACCUCACCAUCGGCACGGCGUUUCUCCGUCCCGCCUCCAGCAAGCCUAUAUAUACGCGCGCCAACCAUUCUCUCGACUUCUCUCGUCCCAGCGCAGUCGAACAGAUCCGCAGACGUGCAACACUUUCUCCCGUGGUUGUACGGUCUGUCCCCCCCUCACCUCCUAGCCUUCUGACUUUUUUUGGUGAGCACUAUGGGGAUAUGCGCAAGAGCAAUGCCGUCGAGCCAUCCACGCUGAAGGGAAACCUGAAGCGUUUGGGAGG